CUGCCUAUAAAACCCGGGCAAUUCAGAGACUCAGCCCAUGACGAGUCUUCUCCAACGGAAAGAUGACCUCCAUGAAGAUUGUCGUUCCUUUUGUAUUUGUUUAUCUCUCAGUGUGUCUAGCCCUUCCGCUGAGUUCCACCACGGAACCAGUUAGCGAACAGGACUGGAACCAAUGUCGGAAAUACCUGCAGAGAUUUUACAACCUGACAGAGACCGCUUUGAGAAAAGGCAACGACGGAUUAACGAAGAAGAUCGAAGAAAUGCAAGAAUUCUUUGGUCUGCAGGUAACAGGCACCCUGAGCCGGGAGACGCUGGCAGAGAUGGCCAAGCCCCGCUGUGGGCUGCCGGAUGUCCAGCGGUACAGUUUCUUCCCGGGGAGGCGGCGCUGGCUGAGGAACACCAUCACCUACAGAAUUGAAAAGUAUACGUCCAAGCUGACCAAGCGGGAGGUGGACACUGUGAUCACCCUGGCUUUCCAGCUCUGGGGCGAUGUCACUCCCCUGACCUUUGUCAGGCUCUACUCGGGAGAAGCUGACAUCAGGAUUUCGUUCGCAAGUCGCAAUCAUGGGGACCCUUACGCCUUCGAUGGAGAGGGCGGUGUUUUAGCGCACGCUUUUGCUCCUGGACCCAAUAUCGGCGGCGAUGCUCACUUUGAUGAAGAUGAAAGGUGGACGUUGUCAAGAUUUGGAAUUAACUUGUUCAUUGUCGCUGCCCAUGAGUUCGGCCAUUCUCUCGGACUGGGUCAUUCAAAAGAUAGAUCCGCUUUGAUGUUUCCCACCUACAACCCCGAUUCCUAUCAAAGCAUCGACACGUAUCGUCUCUCAAGGGACGACGUGAGAGGCAUCCAGGUUUUGUACGGAGCUCGUCAAAAUCCAAGACCAACACAACCACAGCCUAAACCACCUCAUCCAACAAAAACUCCGGACAAGUGUAAUCCCCAAUUGUCAUUUGAUGCAGUUACUAGUUUACGUGGAGAACUUUGGUUCUUUAAGAAUGGAAUCGUUUGGCGGAAACAUUAUCAACGUCAAGAUGUGACAGCUGUCCCAAUCAGAUAUAUUUUUCCAAAUAUUCGGUCAGUAGAUGCUGCUGUUGAAUUCAAGAACAGAGAUGUGGUGGCCCUUUUCAAAGGAUCAAAAUAUUGGCUAAUUCAAGGCUUCAGGAUUUUGAAAGGUUAUCCUAGGAGCAUCAGAUCCUUUCAAUUUCCAAGAUCUGUUACACACAUAGAUGCUGCCCUAUAUGUCAAGGAAACAAGAAAAGUCUUAUUCUUUGUUGGAAAUAAGUAUUGGAGUUAUAAUACAUGGAAAAAUCAAAUGGACAGAGACCACCCAAGAAGAAUAGUUGAUGACUUUCCAGGAAUCGGAAACAAAGUAGAAUCAGCAUUUCAAAGCAAAGGCUACUUCUACUUCUCUAAUGGAGCCAGACAGUAUGAAUAUGACUACAGGAACAAACGCACUGUCCGUGUUCUGAGGCCAAAUGAUUGGCUAAACUGCAAAUAGGGAAUAAUAAGUACUUUGUUUAAAUAGUUAUCUGAUGCAGUUUUCAUUAAAAUAUUAUACUAUUUCA